AUGGCACCAACAAUUAUACUGAGUAAUAUAGGCUCUGUUAUGGCAAUGGCACACUGUAAGCACAUUACAGUCAAUACUGAUGAUAUGAAGCUUGUUCUUGGCAUCAGUACCAAAAUUGGGUUGAACUAUUUUGGCCUGAUUGAUGUGCCUGAUUGCCCUGUCUCUGCUGCCACCACCUGCUGCCUGUGUGCUGCUUCUGCCUCACCAACUACUGCUGCUGCCUCCCUGCCUUUCUCUGGUGCCAUCAGGGUCUCUGCCUGUCAAAUGGUGAGUAUUAGAGCCCCUGUCUGGUUCACAAAGCUGGUUCUGGAGGAGCAGAAGGAGAAGAAGGAGGAGGAGAAGGAGAGAGAGAAGAAGAAUGAUGAUGAUGAUGAAGAUGAUGAUAAUGAUAAUUAA